AUGGAGUUAUCGAACUCGGGGAUAUCCUUUAUUAAUUAUGCGAAAAAUGGUGGGACGUGGCAAUAUCGAAAACGUUUGCAGAGUGGAAACAGCGAUUUUGUUGAAGGAAAGCGAAAGAUUCCGAAUUUAGAGAAACUAGCAACAUAUAUGAAAAAAAGUAAUCAGAGUUCCGAAUUGUUUCAUCCUACUGAGUUAGUCGCAAGGAGUGACCGUUCACCAAGUUACUCAGGAGUAGCCCGUUCAACGACCAGAUCCAACGGAUGCCAUGAACGUCUGUUAGUCUCGGCAAUAAAGGAGGACAUUGAUUUACUGUUGUCGGCAUAUCAACAACAAACAACCUACGACUUUACAGCAUUCAAAAAAAUAUGGACAAGUUUGAAUUUCGAGGUGAUUCAUUUUGCGGCACAUGAAAAGACUGGACGUGAGGUGUUUAUGCAGACGUUGUUUCAGUUACUUCUUGAUAAAUACAAUAAAACACGUCUCCUCGAAACAAAACUCGGCGCAAUUUACGCAAUGUACCUUCUGUAUUACACGCAACCCAAAAAACUGUUUGAUCAAGUUAUACGGAUUCGUGUGACUUUAGAUAAUUGGAAAUCACUAUUUGAUCUUUUUCAGUACUGCAAGAAAUACAAGAUUCACGAUUUUGUCUAUAUAUAUAAUAAAUUGAAAACUGAUUCUGCGUGGGUUUUUGUCGCGGUUGCGGAUCCAUGCUACGAAUACGGAACGCGUGACGUUGCAAAAGAAAGAAAAGAAAGCGUGAACGAAUUUCAACCAUUUCCAAAGGAACUCUCACAACUACGCGAAGACCUAGACCAGAUCCGUACAGGCAGCCUCGAAAACCCCUCAAAACUCGCGGAACUACAAAAUCUCAGCCUAGAUUAUUACAACAAACGAGACGUGAUAUGCGGGACAGUAGAAGAAAAAGCAGUUGGUCAGAAAAAAUAUUUCUCUAUGCUAGAUAAUAAAAAUUUCGAUAUUUAUCGAUUUAGUAUGCCGCUCAAAGUUUCGAAUAUGGAAUUUUUGGAUGGAGUUGAAGAACGAUUGGCGAGGUCACGACUACGACGGAGUCAAUCGCUUGCGCAGAGUUUUGGAUACUGGAAAAAACAAUCAAUGGCGAAAAAUAACGCGAAUGGACGAGCGCAACUGUCGUCACCUGACAUGAACGCAAAAGUUGGUGAUAAUAAUACGCUCACAUCUUAUGAAAUACGAAAUAAUUUACGUCAUCGGGAAUACACGCAGACUCCUACGGAUAAUGCAGAGAAAGCAAGAGAAUUCUCGCUUGAUUUUCCACCAGCUAUAGCAAAAAAAAAUUCAUCUUUAUCACCAUAA